CUGUUAUCAUCACUGUAUAUCAGUACUUUUGUGAAAGAAUGAAGGAAAUAUGUUUAAAAUGCAGAAUCAGAGGCUCUUUCAGACCAGAAAUACAGCGGAAGUUGUGACAAAUGCAAAAGUGUGCAGUCUACAAAAUAAUUAAUAGUGUUCAGUCAGGCUGUGAAUGUGUUGAGGGGUUUGUAGUGAACCUCUCACCCAUGUCCACUUUCAAGGGCACUAAAGAGGCGUCACAGGUGUCGUAGGGCGCUGUGCCCGCCCUGCACUACUGGGACAUGUUGCCCUGCCAGGCAGCUGUUUGGUGUAUUAAUAGGGUCUGUUUUCUGCUCAUGUGUUUUACACCGUCGCUUUCACAACCUCCAGCUGAACUCUUUCUGUGUGUUUAGUUUGUGGCUGUACUGUAACCAACUAGAUUUUGGUAUUUUCUGAAGAGGUGAGACAAUGCAGUGUGGUUUCUGAGGUGUUUUUUGUGUAAUUCUAGUCUUGCAUAACGUUUUAUCUUGAUACUUGUGUCCAAAAUCUACUAUAUAGAAAUCAUUUUAAGUCAUCACAGGCAUGUUUCUGAUUACGCUGCCUUCUUUUGGCCAAAUUUGAAGGCAGUAUUACACAUUGCUUCACAUAUUCCCAUAAUACACUGCAACAAGCUCGGUGAAAAUGACAAAUGUUGAAAAUGCAUUUUAAUUCUAAUCAUUUAUUCUGAAAAUUCAGAGUUUAAUUACUAUGUGAUAGAAUGUAUGUUGUGAUUAUAAAUAGAAUUCAGAAACUAGGAUUUGGAACAGAACCUCUGUCCGAUUUAGAUUUGCGCUGUAUUUUGAGUUUUCCAGAUGUUUUUCCUCGGCUGCUGAUCUCCAUAUAGGGAGAUUUCACCAUCUCAACAGGUCUCUCGUUUGGCUCAACAGAUCACAGUCCCAUAGCCAAAGCCAUGGAGAAUCAGGAGGGAUGACCAGUGCAAUUUAGACGCUAGACAGAAUCUACUUGAUCAACACAGAUGCUCUUUAGCGCCCCCUCUCUGAGUGGCAGAUGUGCGUCAUGACAAGAAACCCGUCACUCCUGCUGCUGGUCAUUCUUCUGCUGGACACCGAAGUGUGUCUCUGCGAUGAUGUGCUCAUAGAGGCGGGGAUGUCAGAAGAGGAGGUGACCGAUAUCCCAGCAUCCUCUUCUGAUCUGAAGGUAUCCCGUGAGCAGAUCCUCGCCGCCCAGUUCGAGUGUUACCUCAAAAUAAUGGACGAGCCUCCACGCAGCGAUCCGGGCCCGUACUGUAAUCGCACGUGGGAUGGGUGGCUCUGCUGGGGAGACUCCGCCCCUGGCACUGCCGUCCAGCUCUGCCCCACCUACUUCCACGAUUUUGAUCCAGCUGAAAAAGUGACCAAAGUGUGUGACUCAGACGGUCAAUGGUUUCGUCACCCGGAAAGCAACCGAUUGUGGUCCAAUUACACUCUGUGCACGGAGUACACUAAGCAGAAACUCAAGCUUUCGUAUGUGCUUUACUAUCUGACUUUAGUGGGACACGUCCUCUCCAUCAUAUCGCUCCUCAUUUCCAUAUGCAUCUUCUCCUACUUCAAGUGUUUGAGCUGUCAGCGAAUCACUCUCCAUAAAAACAUGUUCACAUCCUUCAUCCUGAACUCGUUCGCCACCAUCAGCUGGUUCUACUUCUUCAUCGGCGAGCAGCAGACCAUAACAGACUCUUCUCAGAUCACCUGUAAGAUCCUGGCGAGUCUCAUGUACUACACCUUUUGCACCAAUUAUUUCUGGAUGUUGUGUGAGGGGAUCUACCUGCACAACCUUAUCAUUGUGGCCGUGUUUGUGGGCGAGCAGCAGCUGGGCUGGUACUACAUCCUCGGCUGGGGUUUCCCAGUGAUCCCUGCUGUAACGCAGGCUGUGGCGCGUCUGCUCUUCCAUGAUGACAGGUGUUGGACCAUGAACACAAACCUGCUGUACAUCAUACACGGCCCGAUACACGUCGCUCUGGUGGUGAACCUGUUCUUCCUCCUCAACAUCGUGCGGGUGUUGAUCACCAAACUGAGGGUCACCCACCAGACCGAGAGCAGCGUUUACAUGAAAGUGGUUCGCGCCACCAUCAUCCUGGUUCCUCUUCUGGGAGCCCAGUUCAUCCUGAUGCCGCUGCAGCCCAGCGGACGCUUCUCUCUGGCCGUCUACGAGCUAUUCAUGAACAUCUUUAUGCAUUACCAGGGUCUCCUGGUGGCUGUGAUCUUCUGCUUCUGUAAUGCAGAGGUGCAGUCGGCGCUGCGGCGUAAGUUUGCGCAGGAUCGCGGUCAAUGGAUGCGACGGCGCCUGGUGACCAACGACUCUCAUUGUAACUACCACACCAACUCCUCCAUCACCGAGACCAGCCGCGUCACCAUCGGCCUCGACAACGGCCCGUCCAACAUGAGCGACGGGAAAACCGACGGCACCACGCUCGCGCUCAACGGCCAGAGCAACGGCAAACGCUGCUCCAGCGAAGAACCCGAGUUCGGCGAAGUGCUCGAGUCGUCUGAAAUAUGAACAUCAUCCAGCUGAAGAUCCCGUUCAGAUUUUCUGAAAAAAAAAAAAAAAAAAAACACACACACAAGUUAUGAACAUUAUUUCUGAAUGUCAUCUGAACGUUCAAAACGUCCAGUUUUAAAAAUGUUUUUUCUUGGUUAUGCGAACGUUAAGGGAACGUUACAUUUGAUCGUUUUGCAAACAUUAUGGGAACGUUAGUUUUGAAUGUUCUCUGUGCUAACAUUAUUAAAGACCAAAUAUCGUUGAAUGAACGUUCCAUUAAUGUUACUGGAAGAACGUUUGUUCAUAACUUUGAAAGAACCUUGCCUAAUGGGGCGUUCACACCAGACGCAACUUGCGCGAAUAAAUCGUGCUGUUUGCAAGUAGUUGGACGCUUGAACAUUUUGAGUUUACUCGCUUCAUUUGCCCAUGAAAUUCACUUCACAACAGACAGGAAUUCGCGUCAUGAGAGGGGCUUCUGCCCCUUCUGCACACUUCCUCUGAAUAAACACAUCAACUCGUCAGCGGGAAAGUAGUUGUAAAAUAUGGCAAAUAAGCUCAAUUUGCUGGUUUUAGCUAGCUUGUAGUCUCAAUAUAUAUAUGUGUGUAUAUAUAUAUAUAUAUAUAUAUAUAUAUAUAUAUAUAUAUAUAGCGUUUUUUAAAACUUACCAGACCUCCUCACUCACUUUCUUCCGAGCAAGAUCCUUUUUAUUCCUGUUUAAUCAAUUCGCGCCGCCUCAUUCACGCGAAUAGCGUCUUUGCAUUGACUUAACAUGUAAAUCACUCGCGCUUAAUGCUUCAUUCGCAUCUGGUGUGAACGCACCAUAAGUUCUGAGAACGUUCCCUGUUAGCUGGAUAUGCACUAAUAUCACCAACAACAUCACAUGUACAUCUGUGAUAUGACGUAUGACCACUAAUGAAAGUUUUUUGUGUUUGUUAUGGAUUAAUACGUUUUUUGGUGUUUUACUUGUACUUUUAAACACGUUGUAUUUGUACAUUUAAACACAUCAGUCUGACUGUAAAGUUGCUUUUAGUGAGAUUUAAGGCCCAUUCACACCAAAAGCUAUAACUAUAAAUAUAAAGAUAUAAUUUACUGUCCACACCACAGCUAUAACGAUAUAGAGAAACGAUAUCGUUGGGAUCAAUUUUUUUUCCAGCUGUUAAACGAUAAAACACUGACAGCCAAUCAGAAUCCGUUCUAAUUCAAGGGUUCGCGCAUUUAAAAUGUCGGACGUCAUUGCGGAGAAGUUAAUCGCCGAGGUCCAGAAAAAGCCACGACUGUUUGACAAGUCAAAUCCGCUUUUCAGGGAUACUUUAAAGAAAAUGGAUAUAUGUCAUACCCUCGGAAUAAAUGGUGAGAAAUAUUGAUAAGGUCAUUAUGAAAGGCUAGCAAACUGUGUAACAUAAAAUUACCUCAGGAAUCCAGCGCUAGUUUCGACAACAUUGUCUUACUUCCUUUGAAGUUGCAGUGGAAAAGACGACGUUGUUUUUAUUCCACUAUAUUGAUUUCAUCAGCUAAAUUCACUGUCAGAUCAGUUCAAUUACAGUAUCUCACUCGAAACAUAGCGUGCUGAGGACAUCUGCUGGUUAAAGCCGUGCAACUGCAACAAGAACAGCAAAAACAUGUAGGCUACACUUUGAAACCGCAGCGCGUGAUCUUACAAUAAACAGACCGUUAUCUUGGACGCAAAUAUUAUCGUUCUUGGUGUAAACAUGCCUUUAUCUAGUCUAAACUGUUCACAGAUUUAUAUUUCGAUCUUAGGAAUGUGCAUGUGUUAAUAUGAAAAACCAAUGCAUAUUAAAACGCACUGAAUAGUUUGCUUGUUAAAUGUUGUAAAUAAGCUGUUAUAUAAGCACUUGUUUUCACUGAAUGUAUCUGCUUCAUGAGCCCUUUGAGUUUUUAUCAUUGUUAAAGCCCUUAGGAUGUCGUGUCACAUUUGCUUUUUGUGGUUCUUAAACGCAAAUAAAAAACAUUCCAUUUGA